GUGACAGCUUUCAGUGAAAGUAAAACUAAACUGGCGAUCAACAACCUACGUACAAACUUUUAAACUCUUCUUCUCUUCAAGAAAGAAGAUAUUUGAGACUUUUAAAGCCGUUCAUGAACACAUCUGAUACUCAUUCACAGCUUUAAGGGAAGACGAACAAUGGCAGAAUCUUUACCAACAUCACCAAAACUGACCAGAAGAAGGAGUAUGGACGAACCUACAUCUCUGUCAUCCUCCAGUGUUUGCCUGACUGAAGAGCUUCAGUGUUGUAUUUGUCUGGAUGUGUUCAGUGAUCCAGUCACCACUCCAUGUGGACACAACUUCUGCAGGAUCUGUCUGAAACAGUGUUGGGACAACAGUCAGAUCUACAGCUGUCCAUACUGUAAAGAAACAUUCAGUAAAAGACCAGAGCUCAACAUCAACACAACACUUAGACAGAUCACACUGAUCUUUAAGGAAAGGUUUAGUCUGAGAAGAUCUAAAGUCCUCUGUGACGUCUGUGAUAAAAGAAAACUGAAAGCCCUGAAGUCCUGCCUGAUGUGUCAGACAUCUUACUGUAAAACUCACCUGGACCUUCAUGAGAAAAAGAGUUUAAAGAAACACAAACUGCUGGAUCCUGUGGAGAAUAUAAAGGACUAUAUAUGUAAGAAACAUAAGAAACCUCUGGAGCUCUUCUGUAGAGAUGAUCAGACAUGUGUUUGUGUGUUUUGCACUGAUGGAGAUCACAAGAAUCACAACACUGUUCCUCUAGAGGAGGAGAGUAAAGAGAAGAAGACUCAACUGAUGAAGACACAGACAGACAUUCAGCAGAUGAUCCAGAAGAGAAUCAAGGGGAUUCAAGACAUCAAACACUCAGCAGAACUCAGAAAAAAAAGCAGAGAGCAGGAGAAAGCAGAGAGUGUUGAGCUCUUCAAGGACAUGAUCAGAUCCAUUGAGAGAUGUCAGACUGAGCUGCUGGAGACAAUGGAGGAGGAAGAGAAACAGGAUGAAGAUCUCAUUAAUAAUCUGGAGCAGGAGAUCGCUGUGCUGAAGCGGAGAGACAGUGAGCUGGAGGAGAUGACACACAGUGAAGAUCAUCUUCAUCUUAUACAGGUCAAUCUCUCUCUCUCUCUCUCUCUCUCUCUCUCUCUCUCUCUCUCUCUCUCUCUCUGUUGCACAUGUGCAGGAACGCGAAAACACCGUGGAACUGCAGUUGUUUUCCAAAUUAUUGUCACAUUUAUUGUACAUGGCAUGCUACCUUUUAUUUUUCAGUUUUUAGCUCGGAAACCUGACCCAUUAAUCCUGUACAGAACUUCAGACAUCAUGAACAAGUCUGACAUCAGUACGAAGACUCAUGUGGGUGUGAAGACUCUAAAGAGAGCUCGGGCUCAACUACAAGAGACUCUUAGUGAGAAACUUGCUGAAAAUGUGUCACUCAGAUAUUCAGCAGAUGAUACAGAAGAGAAUCAAGAAGAUUCAAGACAUCAAACACUCAGCAGAACUCAGAAAAUGGAUGCAACUCUGGAUUCUGAUACAGCUUAUCCAAAACUCAUCCUGUCUGAAGAUAGAAAACAAGUGAGAACUGGAGACAUUCAACAUGAGCUCCCAGAUAAUCCAGAGAGAUUUGAUAGAGGUAUCUGUGUCCUGGGAAAAGAGGGAUUCACCUCAGGGAGAUUUUAUUUUGAGGUUCAGGUGAAGGACAAAACUAACUGGGAUUUAGGAGUGGCCAGAGAAUCUAUUAAGAGAAAGGGAUCGAUCACACUGACUCCUGAAGAUGGAUUCUGGACUGUGGCUCUGAGAAAGGAGAAAGAUUAUUUUGCCUGUACUGAACCCUGUGUCUCUCUGUCUGUGAAAGUGAAACCACAGACGGUUGGUGUGUGUGUGGAUUAUGAGGAGGGUUUGGUUUGUUUUUAUGAUGUAGAGUCCAGGUCUCAUAUCUGCUCUUUCUUUGGUCAAACUUUCACUGAGAAACUCUUUCCUUACUUUGGCCCAGGUCUUAAUGAUGAAGGUAAAAAUUCAGCUCCUCUGAUCAUCUCACCAAUUCUUUUUAAAACAAAUGAAUUUACAUCUGAAAUAUAAAAUACUAAAUGAAAAGAAAUACUUAGCUCUAUGAAUAAGAAAAUAAAUAUGAAUUUCUUGUUUUUGUAAUGAUUCUACGUAGCCUACUACAGUAAACUUAUGAGACAGUCUCAAUAAAGCGGUCACUGGGGCAGUGACCUAUCAAAAUUUAUUGUACACAUAAAGGUUGCAAAAUAGUAUCUCAGUGUUUGUUAGGGUUUUGUGUCAUGUUGGUCCUGUCAUUUCUUUAAUUUUGAAACACACUACAGUGUAUUGGUCUUUGUUGGUCUCUAACAGUAUGUUUUGGUUCUAUUGGUUCUAAUGGAAUAUGGCCCAAAACACACUACAGUGUUGUGGUUUUAAUGGUAAAAGCUAAUGGUUCCUACACUGUAAAAAAAUUCUGUAGAAAUUUGCAGCUUGGUUGCCGGUAACUUACCGUAGAUUUCAAUUUAUUUUAUUACUGGCAACAUUUUGUUCAAAGUUAAAUGAACAUUUAACAUUUACAAGUCUUUGUCUUUACAGAAUAAAACUAAAAAAACAGCAUCUAGCAAAAGCUCUGGGAAACAAAAUCUGAAGCAAAAAACAGAAAAAGUUUGAUGAUGAUUUCUGGUUCCCAGAAUGCUUUGCAUGAGGCUGUUAUUGUAUAGUUUUAUUCUGUAAAGAUUUAAAAUUUAUUCAACUUUGAACAAACUCUUGCCAGUAAAUAACAUAAAUGUUAAUCUACUGUAAUUUACCGGCAACCCAGCUGCAAUACCAUUGUAAUUUCUACUGAUUUUUUUUACAGUGUAUUGAUAUUUUAAUGGAAACCAUUAGAAUUUUCUGUAAUGGUUUUAUUGUUUUUUUUUCAGCAGAGUGUUUUUUGUGUUUUAUGUGUCAUGUUCUUAUUGGUCCUCUGUCCUUAUAUAAUGCCCUCAUGUGGCCUCAGUCUUUGGUUGGUUAUUGUAGUUGAUGUGUGUUGUUUCUGUUCUUAUUCAUAGUCAUGGGUUUUAUAAUCAUUUUUUGGAUUGUUUGAACUCAUUAAAGAUUUUUAUAUGCACUUAGAUCCUACGACAAGUGACAGAAUAACCAACCCAACAAAUGUAUCUGGGCCAUUCUACCGAAUUGGUGCAAAUUGACACUUCAAAACUUCUUGAAAAAAGUGUGUUUUUCCUGCAAGCUUUGUAGUCAUAAACAUAGUAGAACAUCUAAGGAACACUAAUCUACUGAUUGGACACUUUAGUUUCUAAGCAUGUUUUUAUACAGUUUCGAAAUGUUUUCUCUCUUCCAAAAUGUGUCACUACCGAAACACAACAACAUUUGAUAUAAAAAAUAGGUUUUUAAUAGCCUAUUCUGAUUUUCUGUACAUUAACCUUC